AUGAAGUUCUCUGCCGCCGUUAUCCUGGCUGCCGCCAUUGGCGUCUCUGCCCACCCCAGCCACCACGCUCACCGCAACGCCCACCGUUCCGUCGAGGGUCGCGAGUUCGUCAUGGCCAAGAAGCCUGCUCCUCCUGCGCCCACCACCACUACCGCGCCGCCUCCUCCUCCUCCGGCCACCAGCUCCGUGGCGCCGGCUCCCUCUUCUGCUCCCCCGGCUGCUAAUGCCGCCGUGGCUGUCGACUCGUCUUCCAGCUCCAGCUCUUCCAGCCCUGCCUCGUCCAGCUCCGCCAGCUCCGGCGCAGGCUACAAGCCCUUCUGCAACGGCGUCAAGAAGCGCGCCACUCUCGCCCAGAUUGCCUACGCCGGCAACACUGGUGCUCCCGGCAACCCCGGCUGCAACAUCAUGGAGAUUCCCUCCAGCGCUGCUUCCAACUACGACUACACCAUGAAGUUCGUCAACCAGGGCAGCUCCGAGCAGGCAUGCGUGUGCUGGAACAAGAUUGGCCCUGACGGUGGCAUCAACGGCUUCUUCAAGAACAACGAGGCCAUCAGCUUCAAAGUUGCCGGCGGUGGCGAGAGCCACGUCGCUGUCGAGGGCAACUCCCAGGUUGGCUGUUCGUGCGGCUCUGGAGAGGUUCCUGUGACCUCGUUUGGCCAGUACGCCGGCACCUGGGUCGAGGCUGACUUUGAGAAUGAGUCCAACGGCGGCUGGUCUGGCUUCGACGCCUCGGCCCUCGUCGCCGCCAAGUUUGGUCUCCCCAUCCCCGGCAUGGAGGUCUGCGGUCAGGGUACUUGCUCUACCAUCAACCCCGGCGGCACCGGCACCAAUGCCUACCUCGGCGGCAUGGAGGAUGACGAUGGUGUCGGUGGCAACAUCCCCAAGGGUCGCCUGGCUCUCACUGUCAAGAUCAACACCAACUAA